CGAGACCCGGCCCCGCGACAAAACUGAGAUCCCGCGCACAAUAACAAGAAAUGGAAGUGUGUUUGGAUCAAAGAUGACCGACAUAAGGAGUUUCUUCAAGCCUGUCUCCUUUAAGACCAAUUCUCAGAGCAAAGGAAGUGCAUCUGGGAAACGGAAGAGAACUGAUGACAAACCCAGUUAUUCUUCCAAGACCAAAAAACCUAACAUCAUCUAUGAUUCUGAUAAUUCGGAUGAUGAUGUGGCAACAGCAAAGAGUCAGAGUAAAGCAAACAGUAAUGGAAAUAGAAAAACACCUUCAAAGAAGCUGGAUGUGUCUCCAAAACCAUUGAAAACAACAUCAGCCAUUGACUUCUUUGGUUCAGGUCCAAUUCAGCGGUCAGUCAAAAAAGAAAGGAAAACACAGGCAUUUCCAAUUAGCCGCAAAUCUGCUUCAGAAGAGCAUCAUGAGGAUGACGAUUUUCAGAAAACACUUUUUCAAAUUGAUGAAGAGUCCACUCCAAAAAAGAGGAAAAAGAUGGAGGCUGAUGAACCCGCAAGUUCUCCUCGGAGAAGCUCAAGACGGUCCUUUGCAGCUUCCAGCCCUGCACCCUCAGAAAAGUCAGCCAGCGAUGAAACAAAGACAUUGUCUAGCAAACUGUCUUCAAAGUUAAAGAAAAUUUUUGUCGAAGAUACACCCCCUGUCAGGAGAUCCUCACCCAGAAAAUCUGUGACUCAAAACGUUGUUAAAGAAUCACCGGAUAAUAAGAUUUCAAGUAGGACACAGAGCACCACACCAAACAAGAAUUCCUCUCGUAAAGCAAGCGUUACCCCUGUCAAGUCAAAUAGUAAAACACCUGCGAGGAAAACCCCUACAAAAAAAGCAGCAACAUCUAAAAGCAAACUGGAAUUCACCAAAAAGGAAAGCAAACCCAAGAUUGUGGAGACCACGCCACCAAAGACUCCUAAGGAUGGAAAACGCAAGGCUAACCCCAGCUACUUCUCCUACCUGAACCGUGAAGGGCCCCAAGCUCUGGGUACAAAGGAAAUCCCUGAGGGAGCAGCAGGUUGUCUUGAUAAUUGUACAUUCGUUAUCACUGGUAUUCUGGAUUCCAUCGAGAAAGGGGAUGCCAUCGACCUGAUUAAGCGUCAUGGUGGUAAAGUCACGACCAGCAUUAGCAAGAAAACCAAGUAUCUUGUUGUUGGUCGUGGUGCAGGAGAAAAGAAACUUGAAAAGGCUGAAGAGUUUGGAAUUAAGCAGCUGACAGAAGAUGAUUUAUUUGAACUGAUUCGCACAAGACCUGGCAAGAAGGGCAGUGUAAAGCCAAUAAAGAGCAUUCCAGAAUCACCAAUUGAAGAACAGUCUUUUGAAAUUGAAGAAGCAGACUGUGCAGCUUCCAGCCAAUCACAGACCCUUGAUUCACAAUCCUCAACUUCAUCCAGCCAAUUGCAAGCGCCAUAUUCUGAAAUGAUACAGAGCCAAUCAGAAAGUCAGAAUUCACAGCACUCUUUAUCAGACAGUCAAUUACCUUCAAGCAUCUCCACUCAGGAGUCAUUGAUGUGGGUAGAUAAAUAUAAACCAAAGAACAUUAAACAAAUAAUUGGACAACAUGGAGACAAAAGCAAUGUAAAGAAGUUAAUGAGAUGGCUCAAAGAAUGGGAUACCCACAAUGCAACAGGCACAAGUAUUAAAGGCAAAUACAAUCGUGAUACUGGUGCUGGGUGCAAAGCAGCAUUACUUUCAGGACCUCCUGGGAUUGGCAAGACUACAUCAGCCACGUUAGUUUGCAAGGAAGUUGGGUAUUCAUUUGUUGAAUUCAAUGCCAGUGACACGAGGAGUAAGAAAAGCUUACAAACAGUUGUAUCAGAGCUCCUUGACAACCAAGAUAUUACGACAUUGAUGAGUCGGAACUUGACCGUUAAGAAUCAGAAGCAUUGUCUGAUUAUGGACGAGGUCGAUGGCAUGGCCGGCAAUGAAGACAGAGGCGGCAUGCAGGAAUUGAUUCAGCUGAUAAAGAGCUCUAAAAUUCCAAUAAUUUGUAUGUGUAAUGACAGGAUGCAUCAAAAAAUAAGGUCAUUAGCAAAUCAUUGCUUUGACCUCCGAUUCCAAAGGCCACAGGUCAAACAGAUAAAGGCAUCCAUGAUGUCUGUGGCAUGCAAAGAAGGCAUUAAGAUCCCACCGCAAGCAAUGGAUGACAUCAUCAUAGCAUCCAAUCAAGAUAUUAGGCAGGUUCUUCACAAUCUAAGUAUGUGGACGGCUGGACAGAAGAGUAUAACCCACGAACAAUUAAAAUCUGAUGCCAACAAUGCAAAGAAAGACAUGAAACUGGGACCAUUUGAAGUUGUCCGAAGAGUUUUUACAUCAGGAGUUGAGCGUAGCAAGAUGAGUCUAAAUGACAAGUUCAACCUGUUUUUUCAUGAUUAUUCGAUGGGGCCAUUGUUUGUCCAAGAGAACUACAUCAGCGUAGUUCCCCAAGAAGGAAAGUCAGAUAAAAAGAAACACCUUGAUCUUCUGAGUAAAACUGCAGAUAGUUUAUGUAACAGUGACCUUAUUGACAAGUCUAUCAGGUCAAGGAACUCAUGGAACCUGCUACCAACACAGGCCUUAUUUGCAAGUGUUCUUCCUGGUGAAUAUAUGCAAGGAUUCAUGAGUCACAUGAUCAACUUUCCUAGCUGGCUCGGCAAGAAUUCAACACGUAACAAGAAUUAUCGCCUACUUCAAGAAUUACAGCAGCAUAUGCGGCUUCCAACAUCAGGAAGCCUGCAGGAUAUAAACCUUGCAUACUGCCCUCAUCUGCGUGGGAGACUCACAGAUCCACUACUCCAACGGGAGAACCAGGGUGUUCCAGAGGUCAUUCAGCUCUUGGAUGAUUAUGACCUCACCCGGGAUGAUUUGAGUAGUUUGCUUGAGGUCAGUCAAUUUGGGAAAAAUGACACAUGGAGUCGAGUCCCAUCAAAGGUCAAAAGUGCUUUUACACGUGCUUAUAACCAGGCCUCGCAUCUUCUUCCGCAUUCAAAUGGCGACAUUAAAAAGAAACGAGGGCAGCAGACAGCUGAUGCUGAUGACGAUGAUGCAGUUCAGGAAGCAGAUGAAAGUGACGAAGAUAUCUCAUCGGAUCCAAAUGUUAAGAAGAUUGAGAGUAAGACAGAUGCAUCACAAUCCAAAAAAGGCAAGAGCAAUGUUAAAGGCAAAUCUAAAGUGAAGAAAAGCAAAUAGAAAAAGGGAAGAAGGAAAUAAUGGAAAGAAUAAGACUUCAAUAUCUAGGAAGACAGUAUAAAGAACUUGCACAAUUGAUUUGGCCACUUAAAAAUUAAAAUUAGUUUCUCGAGAAGGCGGCUAUUUGACUGUUUCACAAGUGUGGAAACUGUCACUCUUAUUGGCUUGUUUAGAACAAUUUCAGUUCAUAUUUAUUAUUGCUCGCUUCAUGAAUACAAUUAAUUCACAUUCCAUUCUAAGGUGGAUUGCAAUGCUGAAAAUACCAAAAAAUAAAGAGUAGAUAAAAGGAUAUAGUAUUAGAAAAUGUAGCAAGCUGGGAAGAAAAAAACAACUUCAAAUAUACUAUUUUAUAUAAUACUAUACCAUUGCUUGUACUGCUCCCAGGAACGAAUAAUGUUUUAAUAAAACUGUUAAAAUAAAUACUCUACCAACAUGUUCUAUUAUAACGCUCCUAAAUAGAUCCUUGUCAUUGAUUGGUGGAUUCCGUAUCAUGUUACAUUCGUUAUUUACCCCAUUUCAUCACUCAUCAUGUAAAUUUAGUUCUACCAUGCAUUUUUAUUUCCAUCCAUGCAUUUUUAUUUCCAUCCAUGCAUUUUCUUUUCACCCAUUUUUUUCCCCAUUGCACAGAGCCUAGGAUAACAAUCUUUGAAUGGUUAAAGAGAUGCUGGAUUGUUCUAUUUAGAAAAAGGGUAGAUUUUUUCAUAAAACAUCAACUGACUAGAAUCUCCGUUCAAUCUAUUUUAGGUGUGUUAUAAAACAAAUAAUGAAUGUUUUUUAUUCGUGUAAUGGAAAGAAAAUUUUUAAAGAUUUGAAAGAUUGACUGUUCCAUUCAAUUCAGCUCCGUCUUGUCAAAUGGAACAGU